AAUGCUGGGCGCGAUGGAGGAAGCGCCGCCUCUCCUCCUCGACUGUGGCUACAUGGACGUCCGCGAGCUACAGCGGAUCGAGAGGUCUCUUCAGCGAUCUCUGGCGGCGGCGACGCUGGAGCGCGCGUCGGGGGAGAUUUUCGGUCGCCGACCAUCGUCGCUGGUGGCACUAGCGGCGGAGGUAAAGAAGGAGAUGCUAGACUUCCUAGAGCAGAGCAGCGAUUCUUUCCGGGAAUUCGCUCCUCCCUCGGCCGCGGUGGACGAUUUGCUGGGCGAAUUCGUGCGAUCCAAGAAGAAUUUACUGCGGAGGAUGUCCACCAAGAUUGGUCUGGCCGACCAGACGAGCAGGGAAGGCAAGCUCGAUGAAAUUCUAGGUGAUCUCCAGCGGGGCGGCGGCGCCUGGGAUCUUGGGCAGUGCGAGAGCUUCGCGAGAUCGCUGCUGGCGAGGGUGGAUCACCAUCGCCAGUCCAGCCACUGCCGCGAGAGGGUGGAUUCUCUGGAAGCUCUAGCAGCCCACAAGAAGGAUUGCCGGUUUCGUCCGCUGGCCUGCGAGAACGAUGGGUGUGGAGAGAUCUUCUCGGCGAUGGAUGCCGCCAGCCACGAUCGAGAGUGCCCGUUCAAGGUGUUGGAUUGCGAGCAAGGCUGUGGAGAUGGAGUGGCGAGGAUGGAGAUGGAGCGGCACUGCUCCACCGUUUGCUCCAUGAAGAUGGUGAGCUGCCCCUUUUCCAGCGCUGGAUGCUCGCAUGUUCUUCCGCAAGGAGCUCUCGAGCAGCACCACAGCAGCAUGCAAACCACGCAUCUCCUCUUCGUGCUGGAAUCGCUGGAGAGGCACCGGCUUGGAUCGGACAGUCUAGUGCAGCGUCUCUCCAUCCUUGAAAAGUCCAUGUCUUUGACGGAAAGGAUCAGCGCUGCGGAUGUGAAGUCACUGGCAAUUACCGUCAAAGAGCAAGAAGCCAAGAUCAAAAAGCUUGAGGCAGAAUUGAAGAAACUGGGCAAAGACUCCACGAAAUCAGCAACAGACCUUUCGACUAAGGUGGGACGAAUCGAAAAGAGCCUACAAACUCCUUAGACGACUCACAAGCGAACAGGAAACUCUGUAGCUGUUAUCCCGUUAAGUAAAACAUCCGUUAGAACACCUCCUCCAUCGCAUCUCAAAUGUUCAUCAUCUUGAGGUUCUAUUCUUUUGGGUUUGUCCAGAGUUUUCGAUGCUCCAUUGAUCAUUUCUCUGGAAGUGGUAGCUGUGUCGCAGUGAGACAAUUUGAAACAUAGGCGUAAUGGCUUAAACUUGACAUACACAGUUA